ACAACAUGUCGAGAUGUUGUAGAAUUUUGCAAGGAACCUGGAGAAGGCAGUUGCCAUUUAGCUGAAGUGUGGAGGGGAAGUGAGCGUCCUAUACCCUUUGAUCACAUGAUGUAUGAACAUCUUCAGAAGUGGGGGCCACGCAGGGAAGAAGUGAAAUUUUUCCUUCGACAUGAAGAUUCCCCAACCGAGAGCAGUGAGCAAGGUGGCCGUCAGACCCAAGAGCAGAGAACUCAGAGGAAUGUGAUAAAUGUACCUGCAGAGAAACGCACAGAAAAUGGCGUUGGAAAUCCACGUGUAGAACUUACCCUCUCCGAGCUCCAGGAUAUGGCAGCUAGGCAACAACAGCAAAUUGAAAAUCAGCAGCAAAUGUUGGUUGCCAAGGAGCAGCGUUUACAUUUCCUAAAGCAGCAGGAACGCCGCCAGCAGCAGUCUAUUUCUGAGAAUGAGAAGCUUCAGAAAUUGAAAGAACGAGUCGAAGCCCAGGAAAAUAAGCUGAAGAAAAUUCGUGCCAUGAGAGGACAAGUAGACUACAGCAAAAUUAUGAACGGCAAUCUGUCUGCUGAAAUAGAAAGGUUCAGCGCCAUGUUCCAGGAAAAGAAGCAAGAAGUACAGACUGCGAUUUUACGAGUUGAUCAGCUCAGUCAGCAACUGGAAGAUUUAAAGAGAGGCAAGCUGAGCGGGCUGCAGUCGUACAGUGGCAAGCUGGCAGGGCCGGCAGCAGCAGAGUUGAAGAGACUGUGCCAGGAGCUACAGAUUCGUAACCAGCUUAACCAGGAACAGACUUCAAAGCUCCAGCAGCAGAAGGAACUCUUGAAUAAACGCAACAUGGAGGUGGCCGUGAUGGACAAGCGGAUCAAUGAGCUGCGUGAACGUCUCUAUGGGAAGAAAAUUCAGCUGAGCCGUGUGAAUGGCACGUCGUCCCCGCAGUCGCCGCUGAGCACCCCUGGCAGGGUUGCUGCGGUGGGGCCUUACAUCCAGGUGCCCAGCGCUGGCAGCUACUCUGUCCCAGGGGACCCCAUAAAGCCCCAGUCUCUUACUAUUGCCUCGAGUGCUGCCCAUGGAAGAUCCAAAUCUGCCAAUGAUGGAAACUGGCCGACAUUGAAACAAAAUUCCAACUCUUCAGUGAAGCCCACUGGUGUGGACUGGAAGGACUCAAGCAUGGAGGGUCCUCUCAAGCAGGGGACGGUCUCCAGCCAGCCAACGCCCUUGUCAACUUUAGGAGCCACGGAGAAGCUGGGCGUGGAGAUGGGUAAAGUGCCACCCCCCAUCCCUGGUGUCGGCAAGCAGCUGCCUCCGAGCUAUGGCACGUACCCAAGUCCUGCACCCGUGGGCCCGGGCUCCACAAACUCCCUGGAGAGGAGGAAGGAAGGCAGCUUGCCCAGGCCCAGCGCCGGCCUGCCCAGUCGGCAGAAACCUACCCCACUGCCCCCCACGGCCAGCAGCCACCCACCAGGUUCCUCACAGCAGAUUCAGCAGAGGAUUUCUGUGCCUCCAAGUCCCACGUACCCACCAGCAGGGCCCCCUGCAUUCCCAGCUGGAGAUAGCAAACCUGAACUCCCGCUGACUGUGGCCAUUAGGCCCUUUCUGGCUGAUAAAGGGUCGAGGCCACAGUCCCCCAGGAAAGGACCCCAGACAGUGAAUUCAAGUUCCAUAUACUCCGUGUACCUCCAGCAAGCCGCACCUCCUAAGAAUUACCAGCCAGCAGUGCACAGCACCUUAAAUAAGUCUGUUAAAGCAGUGUACGGCAAACCCGUGUUGCCCUCCGGCUCAACGUCCCCGUCACCGCUGCCGUUUCUUCACGGGGCGCUGGCCCCAAGCACGUCGCAGCCCCAGCCACCUUCAGAAAGCACCGAGAAAGAGCCGGAGCAGGACAGCCCAGCCGCCCCCGGAGACGGCGGCACCAGCUCGGGCACCGUGGAGAGCCUGCCGCGGCCGCUCAGCCCCACCAAGCUCACACCCAUCGUGCACUCGCCGCUGCGCUACCAGAGUGACGCCGACCUAGAGGCCCUGCGCCGGAAGCUGGCCAACGCGCCGCGGCCCCUGAAGAAGCGCAGCUCCAUCACGGAGCCCGAGGGCCCCAGCGGGCCCAACAUCCAGAAGCUGCUGUACCAGCGCUUCAACACCCUGGCGGGGGGCAUGGAAGGCACCCCUUUCUACCAGCCCAGCCCCUCACAGGACUUCAUGGGCACGCUGGCCGACGUGGACAAUGGAAACACCACCAACGGGAACCUGGGAGAGGCCAGCCCUGCCCGGCCCACAGCCCCGCUCCCCGCUGAGCCUGCCCUGUCUUCGGACGCCAAUGACAACGAGCUCCCUUCCCCUGAACCAGAGGGCCUCAUCUGUCCCCAGAGCACCCACCAAACAGCUGAGCCUGCCGAGGAUGACAACAACAACGUGGCCACAGCCCCAUCCACAGAGCAGGUCCCCAGCCCUGGGGCCGAGGCCCCCUCACCAGGGGAAGACCAAGCCCCCCCAGCACUGCCCCCCGCUGUGCCCCCACCAGGAGCCUCUACGCAGAGCAAACGGACCAACCUGAAGAAACCGAACUCAGAGCGGACGGGGCACGGGCUGAGAGUCCGGUUCAAUCCCCUGGCACUGCUCCUAGACGCUUCUCUGGAGGGAGAGUUCGACCUGGUGCAAAGGAUCAUCUAUGAGGUGGAAGACCCUAGCAAGCCCAACGACGAAGGGAUCACCCCCCUACACAACGCCGUCUGCGCCGGCCACCACCACAUUGUGAAGUUCCUGCUGGACUUUGGGGUCAAUGUGAAUGCCGCCGACAGCGACGGCUGGACACCGCUGCACUGCGCCGCCUCUUGCAACAGCGUCCACCUCUGCAAACAGCUGGUGGAGAGUGGCGCCGCCAUUUUUGCCUCCACCAUCAGUGACAUUGAAACUGCUGCAGACAAGUGUGAGGAGAUGGAGGAAGGCUACAUCCAGUGCUCCCAAUUCCUGUACGGGGUGCAGGAGAAGCUGGGCGUGAUGAACAAAGGAGUGGUGUACGCUCUGUGGGGCUAUGAGGCCCAGAACAGCGAUGAGCUGUCUUUCCACGAAGGGGAUGCCAUCACCAUCCUGCGGCGCAAGGACGAGAGUGAGACCGAGUGGUGGUGGGCUCGCCUUGGGGACCGGGAGGGCUACGUGCCCAAGAACCUGCUGGGGUUGUAUCCACGGAUCAAACCCCGACAGCGAACGCUAGCCUGAACUUCCCUUUGGAGCACUGCACGGGCUUGCCAGCCGAGGAGCCACCAGAGAGACCGCUGUUUCUCCAGAAAAGCUGAAGCUAGACAUGGUUUAUAAUGGUGCUCACUUCAGCAGACAGCAUCCACAAUGUGAAAUUCCUGCAGUUUCUAGGUGAGGCCCUUUCUUCAGUUUGCCCAUAACUGGGAGAGGUACUUUUGCCUCCAAGAAGACUGAAUUUUGCCAAUUACUGUAAAUCCAAAUAAAUAUCCAGCUUUCUAAACAAUUGUCCCUGUUGCCAGUAAGAAUCCCUGAAAUUUCCCUGGUUGGUUGCCAAUGAAGACGAACCCUCUUACUGACUUGGCCCCAAGGCCGUCCCUCGUUCUCGAUGUCACCCCCACCCCAACACUGAAAACUUGCAACCGCAGUCAGGUGUGCCCCCUGCUCGAGCCCACCCUGUCACUGGAAGUCCUGGCACCCCACCGCCCUUCCCACCCUCACCACGUGCAUCUCUUCCUUCCCCUACCAAAGGGGCCUCUGUAUGGAAACUUCUGUCAGUGGUGGUGCUUGGUGCGUGUGUCCCGGGCAUUGGUGUAGGUCACCUACAUAAAGGCUGGUGGUGCUGGGCUGGACCAGCACAGUGCAGGCGCCGGGGCCCUUAAUCAGGAGCCUCCAGCCAGCACCCUGCCUUCCCUGCAGCCUCUUGCUGCUCAGGU